AUGGAUUUCACGGAGGAUGACCUGCAAGAGCUGAAGCAUCGGCUCGAAGAUGCUGCCAUCAAGUGCUCAGAGCGGUGUCUAUAUCAAUCGUCGAAAUGGGCCGCAGAGAUGCUCGAUUCGCUUUUACCAAUCAAUCACGAGGACACCGAUCCUGAGUCUCCGAUGGAAAUCACAGAUCCGACUCCUCCACCGAUCAAUCCCUAUCUUCGGACGCAAGACCCGACCGAAGCUGCCUUGGAGGCCCAGGAAGCCCACAAGUACCUUCUUGCCAAAUCCUACUUUGAUACCCGGGAAUAUGAUCGCUGUGCAGCCGUGUUCCUUCCUCCAGCGACACCUCCAGUCCCUCUCUCGGUAGCGUCGCCGAACUCCAAACCCAAACAACCGCGAAGUACCCCCCUCAAGGGCAAGGAAAAAGCCUCGCCUUUCCAAAGCUCCAAGAACCACGGCCACGCCCCGGGAAACCCAUACCCCAAGCUCAGUCAAAAAUCCCUAUUCCUUGCGCUGUACGCAAAGUACCUAGCAGGAGAGAAGCGCAAAGAUGAAGAAACGGAAAUGGUGUUGGGCCCAGCAGAUGGCGGGAUGGCGGUCAACCGAGAAUUACCAGACCUCGCUCGGGGGUUGGAAGGUUGGUUGGCUGACCGCAGUACAAAGGGAGAGGAUGACCGGGGACAAGGAUGGCUAGAGUACCUCUAUGCUGUUGUUCUGCUGAAGGGUCGAAAUGAGGAACUCGCAAAGACUUGGCUCAUCCGGAGUGUGCAUCAGAACCCGUUCCACUGGGGGGCAUGGCAAGAGCUGAAUGACUUGCUAGGCAGCAUUGAAGACUUAAAACAAAUCAAGGACCUUUUGCCCGAAAACAUUAUGACCCUCAUAUUCUAUGUCUACUGCAGCCAGGAGCUGUAUCAAGCGACGAGCGAUACAUACUCAACAUUAGGUGACCUGCAAGCCAUCUUCCCCAACAGCGCGUUUCUACAAACCCAGCAUGCGCUACUUUUCUACCAUAAUAAAGACUUCGAGCGAGCGUCCAAGAUCUUCAACGAAAUUCUGGCUACAUCGCCGCAUCGCCUGGAUAGUCUUGAUCAUUACUCCAACAUUUUGUAUGUCAUGAACGAGCGGCCUCGGCUUGCCUUUGUUGCCCAAAUUGCAACUGCUACGGAUAAAUUCCGACCCGAAACUUGCUGCGUUGUGGGCAACUACUACUCCUUGAAGUCAGAGCAUGAAAAGGCGGUCAUGUACUUCCGCCGUGCCUUGACACUUGACCGCAAUUUCCUGUCUGCCUGGACCCUCAUGGGCCAUGAAUACAUUGAAAUGAAGAACACUCACACGGCCAUUGAAUCGUAUCGGCGAGCGGUCGAUGUCAAUCGCAAAGAUUAUCGCGCCUGGUACGGUCUCGGCCAAGCCUAUGAGGUCCUUGAUAUGUCCUUCUACGCCCUCUUCUACUACCAGCGUGCAGCGGCCCUCCGCCCGUAUGAUCCGAAGAUGUGGCAGGCUGUUGGUUCAUGCUAUGCGAAAAUGGGUCGGGUGGAGCAGAGUAUUCAGGCUUUGAAACGUGCAUUGGUAGCUGGGUCCUACUACGCAGACGACAAUCCUGGCGCCGGUGCGCGGAAAGUGCUUGACCCGGAAACGCUGCACCAGAUCGCGACCCUCUAUGAACGCCUUGACGAUGAAGACGAGGCAGCGGCAUACAUGGAAUUGACUCUGCAGCAAGAAUCUGGCGGGGCACCUGUCGGUGAUGACGAUCAGUCUGGCGAGGACGAUGAAUACUCAUCCGUGUCAGAGCAUAUUGCACAUAGCGACGGUGAAGCCGACGAGUCUGGCGACGACGAUGGCGAGCGACAUGCACGUUCUCGACGCCACCACCGUAAGCCCCGUGCCAGUACCUCGUCAUUUGGUAUGCAGCACGAUGACUCUACGGCGGGAGAGACAUGGCACCAUCCUACGCCUACUACGUCCAAGGCACGACUGUGGCUUGCGCAGCAUGCAUUGCGCAAUGGGGAUUUGGAUCGGGCCGAUCAACUAGCGAGUGAGCUGUGCCAAGAUGGGAUGGAAGUAGAAGAGGCAAAGGCUUUGAUGAGAGAUGUUCGUGCUAGACGUGAGGAUGUUGGCUAG